CCGCGGGGCAGGGGCAGGAUGUGAGGAGCUGCCGACCCCGAGCCAGUCCCCAGCCCAGCGCCCCGCGCGGCUCAGCAUGAGCGAGAUGAAGGCGAAGGACUCGAGGGCGCCUUGCUCUGCCAGGGACGGCUCGGUCCGGCUGCAGGGCCGCCCAGAGCGGGAUCCCUUCAGCGGGAGGGCGGAGGCCGUGGACGUGUCCCCGCAGGGGCUGCUCUACCCCAAAAGCAGCGAGGAGGAGGAGGAGGAGGAAGAGCAGCAGAGGCGGCCAGAGCGGGAGGAGAGGGGCCAGUCCUCGCAGCAGGAAGGCAGCUGCUCCCCGCCGGAUAGGGACGCGCUGGACAGCGUCCUGGACACUUUCUUGGCUCCUCCGGCCCACGCCAGCUCGGCCAGCGCCCCCGCGGCUUGGUGCCUCUUCGGGGCCGAGCUUCCCGGCGCGCUGAUGAGCCGCCGCUCCGAGCACCAGCGGGGAGAAACAGCCGCCACCCACCAAGACAGCCCGGCUGCAAACUCGGGCUCCGAGCCGCCUCCGGCCCCGGCCGCCUCCCUUUGGCCUGGCGGGGGGGCCCCGGCAGCCGCAGCUAUGCUGCCGCCCCAGCGGGAGGGCGAGGGAAGCGCGGGUGGGCCGCGCAAUGCCCCCGCGGCACUCUCGGAGGAAGAUCACGGCUUUGCCUCUGGGGGCCCAGCUGAGCAGGACGCCGGCUCCGGGAGCAGCCUGGCUCUUGUCCCUGCCUAUGCCGCUGCCCCCGGGCGCUCUGCGGCGGCAGCAGGGUCCGGGCAGGAUUUCCUCCAUGUGCCCAUUCUGCCCCUUAACUCGGCCUAUCUGGCAGCCAGGACCCGGCAGCUGCUCGAUGUGGAGGAAUACGAGAGCAGCCUCUUUGGCCGUCGUGCGUCUCCCACCUCCACCCCCCAUGACUUCGCGGACUAUGUCUAUCCCCAGCCCGACUCAAAGGAGGAGCAUUAUAGCUACGGGGACUUCCAGCCAGCUCUAAAGAUCAAGGAGGAAGGAAUUAGUGCCACCACCCCCUACUUGGGCACCAAGACCACUCCAGCAUUAACGUGCACAGACUACACGCUGGCCCCUCCGCAGCCGAGAGCCAGCCAGGAGCCCUCCUCUCUCGAGUGUAUCCUGUACAAAACUGAAUCUUCAGUUCUGCCUGGGCCCUAUGGGCCGCCGCACUUUAAAGCAUCGGGGAGCUCAAGCUGUAUGGUUCAGCGGGACAGUCUGCCCUCCACAUCAACAGCCCCGCAAGCCUUUUACCAGCCUCUCAACCUGAACGGCCACCAGCAACUUGGCUUUCAGACAGCCGUGCUCAAAGAGACUUUACCGCAGUUACAUCCUCCCUUUAUCAAUUAUAUUAGGCCAGAUACUGAAGUUGGUCAGAGUCCUCAAUACAGUUUUGAAUCAUUACCUCAGAAGAUUUGUCUGAUCUGUGGUGAUGAGGCUUCUGGUUGCCACUAUGGAGUACUUACCUGUGGAAGCUGUAAAGUCUUCUUUAAGAGAGCAAUGGAAGGACAGCAUAACUAUUUAUGUGCUGGAAGGAAUGACUGCAUAGUUGAUAAAAUUCGUAGGAAGAACUGUCCGGCAUGUCGCUUGAGGAAGUGCUGUCAAGCUGGCAUGGUCCUUGGAGGUCGAAAGUUUAAAAAGUUUAACAAAGUCAAAGUUGUGAGGACACUAGAUAUUGUUGCACUCCAGCAGCCAGUGGCCCUUCCAGAUGAAAACCAAGCUCUAACCCAGAGGAUAUCCUUUUCACCAAAUCAAGAAGUACAGUUUGUUCCCCCACUGAUCAGCAUUUUACAGGGCAUUGAGCCGGAAGUGGUCUAUGCAGGUUAUGACAACACACAACCUGAAACCCCAAGUGCUUUGCUGACCAGUUUGAAUCAAUUAUGUGAGAGGCAACUCCUUUGUGUAGUCAAAUGGUCUAAAUCACUACCAGGAUUCCGGAAUUUACAUAUCGAUGAUCAGAUAACCCUUAUCCAGUAUUCUUGGAUGAGUCUAAUGGUUUUUGCUAUGGGAUGGAGGUCAUAUAAGCAUGUCAGUGGUCAGAUGCUAUACUUUGCACCUGAUCUGAUACUAAAUGAACAGAGGAUGAAAGAAUCAUCGUUUUAUUCAUUGUGCCUGUCCAUGUGGCAGAUCCCACAGGAAUUUGUCAAACUACAAGUUAGUCAAGAGGAGUUCCUCUGUAUGAAAUCAUUAUUACUGCUCAAUACAAUUCCUUUGGAAGGUCUGAGAAGUCAAAGCCAGUUUGAUGAGAUGAGAGCAAGUUAUAUUAGAGAACUGGUCAAGGCAAUUGGUUUGCGGCAGAAAGGAGUUGUGGCCAGCUCUCAACGUUUCUAUCAGCUUACAAAACUUAUGGACUCCAUGCAUGAUCUAGUGAAACAACUCCACCUGUUCUGUCUGAACACAUUUCUCCAGUCUCGGGCACUGAGUGUCGAAUUCCCGGAAAUGAUGUCAGAAGUGAUUGCUGCCCAGCUACCCAAGAUUCUGGCAGGGAUGGUGAAACCGCUCCUCUUUCACAAAAAGUGAAAUGUCUUUUCUCUUACUGAAGAGACAAUUUUUGUGCCUUUUCUGUUUGUUUAUUUUGAUCAGGAUUUUGCGAUUUAUUUUGGUCAGUAUUUUGCAGUGUCAGGACUUUAGGAUAUUUGCUUUAUUUACCAUACCUACCACCUUACUAUGUAAGUUUGAUGUCCAUAUUGUGCGCUCCUGAUUUAUUUUACUAUUAAAAUCACAACUGAUAUUUGUCAUAAGAAAAGUUUUGUAAGCCAGAAUAGGUUGCUCCUUAGGAAUUCACAAGAACAAUACUUAACAAAUGGAAUCUUUAGUUG